UUACUUCGUUACUGGUUCUGGCUGAGGCUAACAGCCAGUUUUCCCGUUCAGUCCAAGGUGCGCGAAAGGGGUAUUGCCUCACAGGGUUGACUAGUUUCCGCAUAUAUAAGUGUGUUUCGGGAAUAUUAAAAGAUGACUGCUUUGGGAGAUUUCAGUUCGUUGAGUAUCGGAACUAGAUCGAGAGUUCCGGUUUCGCCUGAAUUGGAACAGGACAAGAAGAAAUAUAAUGCCAUGGAGCCAGCUUUGCAAGAAAUUCAUAAGGCAACCGGACUGUCUAGCAAGGACAAAAAUUAUCACAACUCUGUAUUACAUACGACUAUAGAUGAAAUAGUAGAAGAGAUGAAAAAAGUAGAUCCCUUAUUUAAAUGUUUAUACAAUAAGAAAUUUUAUGGAGGUAGUUAUUACGACGGACUCAAGUUACAUAGUCCUGACGAAUAUGACCUGGAUUUGGCUUUGAAAUUGCCUACCAAGCUAAAUCACCGUUUGGAAAUUAGCGACGUACAUGGAUUUGUUCGAAUCUAUGUUAAUUUGGAAUCAAUGAAACAAGAAAUCAACUAUAAGGAUUACAGGCCCAUGGAGAAAUUCGUGGACAAGAAUUACUUGUUAACAAACAGAUUUCGGGAAUGGUUUGAAGCCGUCUUGAACAAGGCUAAGAACAAUUUAAAUGGUAGAAAUAGACUGAAGUUUGAUUUGAGCAAAAGUGGACCCGCCAUGACCCUAAAAAUCCAAAUUAAUGGUAAACUAGUUUCCGUUGACUUGGUACCAGCCCUCAUUUUCGGUAAGAAGGAUUGGCCUGGACCUCCGUUCAGGGAAAAUCCAAUAACCACGAAGGAUGAAUUUCUUGUGGUCCCCAAAGAUCCUCCUUCUGUUAGACAGGUCUCCAAUAAUUCUUGGAGAUUGUCUUUUCAAGAACAAGAAAAGGAAGUUAUCAAUGGAAAAAAUGGCUUGAAGGAUACAAUUCGACUACUCAAGCUGUUAAGAACUCGCCAAUUCCAAGAGACAACACUGGCUAGUUAUUACAUAAAAACUAUAAUGAUGUGGCUCAAAGACGGUGUAGAUGACACUUUUUGGCUAAAUUCAAGAAGCUACAUUUUCAUGAUGGGAUUGAAAUAUUUCAGUAAAUUACUGAAGAGAAGAGAAAUACCCUAUUAUUGGAAUCAGAAUUAUAAUCUUUUAAUUGCUGCGAAUCCAAAAACUAUUGAAAACUGUUCUAAUAGAAUAGAUAAAAUAAUUAAAACCCUGGAAACUAGUAUAUCGCAACCGAACUCCGAUAUCAAGACAACACUGUUCGACUUUAUGGGGAUACCAAAACAAAUUUUGGGGGUAUCUGAGGAACCGGGCCAGAGAGAGGUCCUUUUGAAUUCUGUGGAAGGUGGAGCAGAAUGCUUGUUGUCUUCACAGAGUGAUAUUCACCCAAUAUCCGAAGAUUGCAUUCCGAGGAAGAUGUUGGCAUAUACUACUGCGAGUCGGAGUCUUAUUUCAAAAGUCCCAAAUACUCCAAAUGAAGGAAACGUGUUAAAUGCCACCCCAAAGACCUCAAUUGUGGAUGAAUCGGAAAAUCGAACAUCCAUGUGGAAACAAAUUUCUGAAGCUGAAAUCGUUGGUGUGAAUGUAAUGAAAAAGCUUGAAAAAAUGAAUGGUAUUCAAGCUUUUUAUGCGGAAAAGCUCAUACAUGAAAUACUUAUGAAAGGGGUGUCGAACGAACUUACGGCUAGUACAAAUGUUAAUGAUAAAGUGAACGAACCUACAGCUAGUACAAAUAAUCUUAAUACCGAACAUGAUAUCCACAUAAAUUUGUCUUCGGAAUGGUGCAUCCUGAGACCUGUAAAAUCAUCUGACGGUGCUACUAAUUCCACUCUUGGCUUUGGGGUGUAGUAUUAUUUUUUAUCUUCUACUCUAGGUAAUGGCAAAUUUGAAGUUGUAGGAUGUAAGCUAUAUCAAGUAGAGACCACAAGAUGUGGUCUUUAUACAAUGGUGAAGGUAUUUGAAUUAAUCAAUUUGAUAUCAUUAUCGAUGAUUGAUUGGAUAUCAGAUGAGGAAAAUUCCAUUCUAUUUUCUUAGGGGUGCAGUAUUCAUCUUUCUUUUUCGCACAAAAAAUGUUAUAUCUUUUGAUAUCACCUCUUCACAUAUACCUACUGAUGUGAUCGGAAAUAUUAUUGGGUAAUUUUCAAAUUCAUUACUAAACCUACAGAAUAAAACAUCCAGUUAUGUAUAUGUUAUAUUUUUUUCAUUAAUGAGUUCGAUUCUUUUCAGUUAAUGCAAUCGUUUCUUCUCAAAAUGACAGGAGCACAUGCAUCAUUUCCUAAUAUUACUUUUUUAUCAGCGUUUCAAGCAGGUUUUUCGUGUUUUAUAUCAGAUCAUUCUGGGAUAAACAAAAUUCAAACU